CGCUCCGUGUGUUUCCCUCCUGCAGCUCAGUUGGGCUUAAACCCGCUUCUUGCCGAGUUCUUGGUUUUUCCUGCAGUUUUCCAGGAACCGGAGGAUUCCCGAGGCCAGGAUGGGUCCCGUAGAGCUCCUGCACAUGUCUGUUUUCUCCCAGAGCUUUUCUCCCUGCGGACGCUUCCUUGCGGCCGGGAACAACUACGGAGAGAUCGCCCUGUUCAGCCUGGCUGCAGCUCUCAGUCCGGACGCCACGCCGGCCAAUCAGAAGCCGGUUCUGACAUUCACAGCUCAUGAAGGUCCCGUCUUCAGUCUCCUGUCCACCGACUGUGUCCUGCUGAGCGCGGGAAACGGAGAGAUCAGCGCCUGGAACUGGGCCGAACUCACCAAGAAGAACGUGAAGCCGCUGUGGACGAAGAGGCCGAACUACAAAUCCGGUCUGGAGAUCCCCGAGAUCAACUCCAUGGUCAUCAACCCCCGGGACAACAGUCUGGCGAUCGGCGCCGGGGACAACAACGUCCACAUCCUGGACCUGGAGCACGGGGCCUUCAAGGCGACCCUUCAGGGCCACACGGACUACGUGCACUGCGUGUGCGUGCGUGAGCGGGAGGCGGAGCUUCUGUCGGGCGGCGAGGACGGCGCUGUGAGGAUGUGGGACAGCAGGACGGGUCAGUGCGUUCACUGCGUGGAGGUCUAUAAGUACGAGAGCUGCGCCAGACCUCAGUACGGGAAAUGGAUCAGCUGUGUGACCACGGACUCUGAUUGGAUGCUGUGUGGAGGAGGACCGUCUCUGUCUCUGUGGCAUCUUCGCUCUCUGUCGCCGACCUCGGUGUUCCCGCUGCGAGGCUGCCAGCGCCAGGCCGUCUUCCACCAGGACAUGAUCCUGGCGGUGGGCGAGGGGGCCUUCGUCUCCCACUGCCUGCUGGGAGGAGAAGUCAAAGCUCAGAUCCCGUGCACGCCGCCCAGCCUGAACACGCUGGAGCUGAACACCAGGAGCUCUGAGCACCGGAUGCUGACGGUGGGCGGUGGCAGCAGCAACAUCGACGUCUUCACCAACCUGUCCUACAGAGCCUUCUCCCUCAGCUUCUGAUCUCCAACAGAACCGGGAUCCGACCCUCAACGAACUCUAAAUAAAAUCCAUUCUUUGUUACAUUUUCUAA